AAAACGAUCAUUUAAAAUGUGAGAGCCCAAAUAACUGUACAAGACGAGGCAAUGGCCAUACGAGCUGGGUGUUUGUUGGUAAAAAGGAGUUGAUCGCGGCGUCGCCGUAACUGUACACUGUUCAAAGCAGGAAACGAGAGCGUUCUAUUUCCGCUGCAGCAACGAGAACCAGUACGUCAUAAAAGAGAGGAAAAUGUGGAGUGGAAGGACAAACUGAGGCCAAGGGAAGAAAGCGCGUCCGUCCAGCUAAGUCGCCGACUCACUACGUUGAUCGCCAGCCAGCCGCUGGCGGUGUCGUUUCCAGACGAGAGUGCGUCGUAGCCGAAAGGGACGAGUCGAGGUCGUUGUUAGCGUGUUGUAAAGCGUUCGACUGCUCGGCUAGCCAGGCUCCAUUAGCCCGCCCGCCGCCCGCUAGCGAUGGGCACGAGAGCGAGUCGCCUCCAGGAAGACCCGGUGCCUUCCACUCUGGGGAAGGACGGCACCACCAAGCGGGAUUCGUACCGGCGGCCCCGCUGUGCCAGGCCUACCAGCCUCAUGGUGGACUUCUCGGGCAGCUUUGAUGACACCGAAGUCAACCGGAGCCGCUCGGAGGAAGGCAGCGACUCCGACCUGGGCCAGCAUGGCGCGAGCGCCGACGGCAGCCCUGCCGACCAUCACGGAAUCCCGGCUAGCAUGAGCCAGGCGUCCCCGGCGGAUGACAACCGCAGCGAAGGCAAGACGGAGGAGGACGGCACCACAAGCCCACAGGCUCCCGCCAACGUGGAGCACCAGCCCGGGGACGAAACAGGCCACACGCCCCACCGCACUUUCUCCGAGCGGCUGCCCGGAAAUCGACACGCCGGGGGCCGCAGCGUCGGAGCCAGGUCUGCCCGCGUUCGAGGCACCCACCAGCGGCCGGUGUCUGAGGCUUGGAUCGGCCUCUACCGCGUCAGCAACCGCCAUGGCAAUAUCCGCUGUCCUUUCUGCUCCAAGCCGUUCCCGGGCGGUCGCAUCGAGGAUCACCUAUUGAGCUGCCUCACGUCCCCGCCGCUUCCCUACAACGCGGACGUGCUGAGCAAAGACAGCGGCGAGUGCUCCAUCUGUCUGGAGGAUCUGGUGCAAGGCGAGACCAUUGCCAGGCUGGCGUGUCUCUGCGUCUACCACAAGAGCUGCAUCGACGCUUGGGCUAAGGUGAAGCCCUGCUGCCCAGAGCAUCCAUCAGAUUGACUCCCAGGUCACAGGACUUCCCCCGCGAUGACUCAGGAGACCUCCAUGUCCACAUUCUCUCCUUAUGAAAAGUGAAACAUACUCACCAAGAAGCUCCGGGCGGCGCGGACCUCUUCCUGUUCCUCUUGUAGGUCCGGACCAUUUCGCAACAAACUGUAAACAAAACAAAAAAACAUGGCUGCUUUUGGAUUUAACCCCUCGCUCGCCAGGUUGGCAUCAGAUGAUGUCAUCUCUGGCCGGGAUGAGGAAUUUCGGUCACCACCUGUGUAUUAUUUUUUAGUAAAAGUGUUGCCCGCCAGCUCGUGGGGUGGGGGCGGUCGUUACCUGGUGUUUAGUGUUAACGUUACAAGGGCGGUGCUUGCUUGCUUGCUUGCUUGCUUGCUUGGUUGGUUGGUUUGUGCUGGGUUUAGCUUAGCGCUGGGGUUUGCACCUAUUUGAGCACUUUUGGUCCUUUGAGGAUUUCUUUCCCCCUUUGUGUCUCGCUUUCUUGAUUCCGUUGCUUUCGAGCGCUUGGAUGGACCGCAAACGUGAGGGGCUGAGUGUCUAAUGUGAAUUUCCCAGACUUCCAUCGUGUUAAAUGUGGCAACGGUACUGCUUUUUGAUUCUGAAAAGAUCCCCCCCCCAUGUUUUCUGGAGUCGUCAGGCUUUUUAUCACCGUUUCAACGGCGGAUGCAUCGAUCGGCCUUAAAGGCGCUAGCUACCUUUUUAUAACGGCAAGUACGUAUUAUCCAGUAUGAUAUCAUCAUGACCAUGAUUAUAGCUUAAUGUAUGACUUUCUUUUCAAGCCUCCUUAUGUUUGCUGCCUUUGCCCGCUCAGGGUUUAUUUGGGGAACGGAAAUGAAAAAAUGAUGGCUUCAGAAGGUUUUUUUAUGAUCAUCCCCUCUGGUAUGGAAAGCCGUUGGAGCAUUUAUUCCGUAUCUUUCAUCCAACUUGCAGUCCUGGUACCAGUACACUCGACUGCUAGUGCCUCAUUUGAUCAAGGAUGCUCUUUCCCCUCACUAGUAAGACGCACUCAUAACAUAUUGACACUGCUAGUACAACUUACUAGUGCACAAUACGGCGUCAACAAAUCUGAGUUGUAUUAGUGAGGGUGAAGAGCAUUUGGAUCAUCAGGAUAUGGACGAAAUGCCCAAAAGGGCUUUUCAUACUCGGGUCCCAGCUGAGGUGCUACAACUCGUCCUGCCACUAGGGGACAGCCCUGUGCAUGUUUCCAAUGAGAAGAAUGCCAAAUUGUUGCGUGUGCGCGCGCGUGUUGGGAGGCUCUUUCGACGUUACAUUUGUUGUGGUGAUAAUUUAUGAUGUGUACUCUUGAGGUGUUUGCGUGUAUGUUUUCGAAAAGUGGGCGGGCAUUUUCCCAAGCCCACUCCAUUAAUUCCCUCUCAAACCGUGUGGUGCAAUACCUCAAAUUUAUACCAAUGCUAAUUAUAAAACCUUACUCUAUGCGUAGAGGGAGGGAGAAGGGGACAAAAGAUGGGAUUUUGUAGAAAUAGACCCCCACCCAGAUCUACUCACCUACGCCUGUCAGACACCAGAGCUUGCAUCACAGCAUAUAUGGACAAUCUUUAAACACACAAGUACGCAUACGCGACACACACACACACACACACACACACAGCAGAGGCAUCAUAUUAUUUAUUGAAAUGUAAAUAUGUAACGCAGUCAAAAAAACGAAAAAAAAACGGCUGGUCUUUGUCUGUUGGAUAUACUGUUUCUAAAGCUCCAAUCUUUUGUAUGUCUCAGAAAUGGUUUUUAUAUGUAUUUUUUACAAUAAAUGUGUGAAGAGGA